AUGUUUCUCCCACCCUAUAUAUGCGUAUUCUUCUGUUUAGUGUCCUGUGUAUCAGCAGAUACUUGGGACGAUUUUGCGAAUAAUCUAGCCACUGACUUGGCACCCUUGAUCGCAUUAUUUGGUGAACAAAUCACUCGACAAUGCCUGUCGGAGUUGGUAUCUACAAUGGACGAUUUCAUCUUCGCUUUAGCGCCGCUCGGAAUCCUGACAGCAGUAGUUUCCGUAAUUCGAGUAUGCGGCAAUUCAACCUUGAGAGCUUUUAUAGGUAGAGCUCAAGAGGAUCCUGGUUCAUCAGAGAGAGAGAUACUCUCAUGCGUGUCAGACACAACGGCAGAGAUCUUCACUGAAUCAGGGGUAGCUAGAAUAACAGGGAACCCCAAGAUUCUUGAGAUCGUGGUCGACCAGAGUCAAGAACAGGCAGGCUCUAUUACUAUACAAAGACUGAGCGAAGUUGCUGGGAAAGUCUGGACAGAUCUCGAGAAGAAUGCGAAAUUACCAAAUUUGUCUUUGAAUAAAGGUAUCAGAAGGCGUGCACCAUUCUGGUUUCAUCUUGCGGCUUCUUUUGGUGUUGCCUUGCAGUUUAGUGUAAUUAUAUACGCUGCGCUCACGGUUUUCUACUGGCCAGCAGCAUUCCUGAAAAAUGGCAGUCCUGUGGGUAGCUACGCAUUUCCAAUGUUCGUUCUGGGCACAGUGAUUCUUACAUUGGGAAUGUUCUUAUGUGCUGUCUUGGUGGAAAGUCAUUCCAAGAAGCAUAUCUUCACUCUCCCAGAUGAGAGUAGAGUCUACUGGAUCCAACCAGGCAACCAGAUGGUUGGAGACCAGAAAUUUCCUUCCUUUGUGGGCCGUACUAACCUGGGAGUGCAUUUCAUCCGAUCUGUGAGAAAUCAGUAUCCAACUGACGACAUCAAUGUCAGUCAAGAAAUGGCGUUGAUAGGCGUGGUCUGUCUGACAAUGACUGGCUUCGUGAUACAAUUUGUCGGCAUACGAGGCUUGCAUUCUUCGGUUAUUCUUGCCCAACUCGGGGCUACCAUUGUUAUGACAAUAGUUAGGACAGGUUUACGAGCUGAGAGAAUGAAUGAAGGCGAUAAUCUGUUACAAGAUCAUCAAGAUAUUGUCUCAAGCGGUGAGCACGAGCUGGAUUGGCUGGCCUCACGCCUCUACAACAUCAGAUCAUUCAGAGUUUGUCCCACCAACAGUUUACCUGGGCAAAGAACAGAGACGCAGUCAAAUUCCAUCAUACAAGAGGUUAUACUGAUUCGUGAAAGAUUGAGGAAACUGGCAGGUUCUGAUUGGGAUGAGACACCAGUCCGCACUUUGGCGCGUAACUUGGGGCGAGCGGCACAGGAACUGACAAUACUUAUAAGCUCUUGGUGUGAAAAAGGGAAGUCGGCCUUUGACGUUGGUAUUCCUCUCCAAGUACAGAAAGAAGGUUAUCACCAGAUAGUCGAACAUACAUGGAAGUUUCAGUUGGUCACUGGAGAAAACGUCGAUAUCGACUCAUGGGAGGCUAUAUUAGGUCUCUAUGUAUGGUCUUUGAAACAAGCCAACCGUGAUUUGGAGGGAAAUCGAAAUGAAUUCUUCCGAGCGUUUUGUCCCAAAGAUAUUACUCCUCACCAAGCACGGUUGCUACAUCGGACGUGGACAAACAACAGAAUUAUUUUUGGCAAAAAUCUAUCGACAACGAGAUGUUUCUUGAAUGAAAGCCAGACUAUUGGCCAUAUCCACUUGAAAACCGACAAUCAGGUGGCUCAAGAUACGCCUCUGAUUGUGGUUACUUCAAAUAUUUAUACGCUGGCCGCUCAAGAUAUGUACAUGCACUUGCUUAUUUCGAUGCUAGACUCUUUUUCAUUUAUUGGAGGUCAAACUCAGGUUAUGGGUAGCGACAGGAGCAGCUACCGGGUUUGCAACGACCGUGUUGAGGCACUUGUGAAAGUUUUUGCUAGGUCAAACUUGGGUGAUUAUGGAGAAGGCAUGACAUGCGUCCUUCAGGCAUUAUCUGAUAGCUCGUUAAUUUCUGGGAUUUCAUCUGGUUUGCCUGAUAUUCGCCAGAGUUUGGAACUUUUUUCGUCUAAGGGAUACCACAACGGUCUUACCAACUUAAUUACGAUGAGCGAAUGGUUAUGUUCUUUAACUGACUAUGAGGAGGUCCAGCCAUCCAUCGUCGAAUAUGCACAUAUUUGUUUAAAGGUUCUCCUAGAGCCGGACAUCGCCGCAAGAGAGCUAGCAGCUGAACGGAUCAUAGCUAUUGUCGAUGUUGCUACUAAUAGCCAUGACUCCUUUCCAGUUUCAAAGUACCUGGACCUCGAAAGCGUACCUUCAGAUGCAUGGUGCACCAAAUUUCGAACCGAGAUCUCUUGGAUGGUAACUCAUAUGAUUCAAUAUAUAGCGAAACGCAACCCAGGCCAGCGAACGAUGGCCAUACUUCGGGGAUUAAAAGAAAAAAUUGGAACCAGAACCUCGAUGCCCGAAAUCUACCACGACUUGCAAGCUGCUCAAGUAUCGCGGCAAACGUUCUUUGAUAUCUGGCUCGGUUCAGAUAUUGGAUUCUCGAUAGAGAAUGACCAGUCGUCCCAACUUGCCCUUGACUGGCUUGUUCAAAAUCAAUUUCACAUCAUGCUAGAAUUGCUGAUCAUCAAAAUGGUCAAUGACUUAGCCGAGAUGUAUCGACUACUGGCGGUCAUCGUCUAUGCUCAUCGAAAGGGUUAUACUGAAACUAUGCGUUUGCUGUUACAUCAUGCGGAGCGGACGAAACGAAAGGACGAUAUUAUAAUUGAACUAUCUAGACAAGGAAAUACGGAGGCCUUGAGGGUAUUUCUCGGGAAGAAUAACUCUAGAAGCGUCACUAGGGCUCACGAAGCAGCCUUUUUGAUCGCUGCGCAAGCGGAACACCACUCGCUGUUGGAAUUUCUGCUUGAAUGUGGCGUCAAUGUAAAUUUGCAGGAUGAAAAUGGAAAGACAGCACUGAUGGAAGCCGCAAUGAAUCGUGACGUUGCAAGUGCCGAACUUCUUCUUUCACACAAUGUGAGUAUAGAUCAGAGAGAUAACUUUGGGGAUACCGCUCUCAUAUCUGCCGCGGAACGCGGUUACUUGCCUGUUGUUGAACUUCUUGUUAGCAAGGGAGCUGAUAUAAAUGUGAUGGGUUCCCGAGGCAGGACAGCGUUGAUGGCAGCGAUUGUGAGACAAGAGCUACCCCUCGUCAAGUAUCUUUGCGCCGCAGGGGCCGAUCUUAGCAUCACUGAUCCAGAUCAGUACAGUGUGUUAGAUAUAGCUGCUCGGGCAGGCUUUGAUGGCCCUUGGGUAGAGGGUCACACUUUUUUAAGUACAAUGGGGGCAAGAUAUAGUCGUGGUCCGUAA